UUGGAGUGAAAUAUAUUAAUUUCAGAGAAGCACACCCAAUGGAUUCCAUGCAUCUCACAAAAACGCUCAUUUUCAUUUAACUCGAGUUAUUUUCUUCAGCAUUUAAUUCAGUCUAGUUGAGUUUAAAAUGGGAUUUUGCUGGAUGAGGACAGUUAUUCUCUCCUGUCACGGUUUAAGUGAUUUUGUACGCAUUUCUCUACCCCAGCCCCAGUUUUAGACCAGUUUAGAUCUGUCUCCUCAGGCAGUUUUGAAAGCACCAACAAAAGCUCUUCUAAUACAUGUUUUUUGUACAUUAGUUCUGGUAAGUGAAACCAUCAGUGGAUGAAUAAACUGUCAUUUGAUGCUGACACCCAAAUCAUAAACUCUGUUUUGUCUAUCUUGAUGUCUCUGUGUGCUUUAUAGCGAAGCAGCCGACCUGAAUCGCUUGUUCAUUAUACAACUUAUGAAACUUGAGAGCACAUCCCACUGGAGAUCCGGCUGUGCUUGCUUACAUUUGGUUCAUGACUUAAAAAAUCGAGUUCAGGAGUGAUUCCUGAUGAGUCCAAGGCUUUGUCACUGCUCGCCCCAGCCAAUGCCGUCGCAGGAUUGUUACCAGGGGGAGGGCUUCUCCCCACGCCAAACCCGGUCCAAUCUAUUGGUCUUGGAGGGCCUAACAUGGAUCCCAUGGCAGCUCUGGCCAUGGCAGCACCAAAUUCUUUUUCAGCUGAGCAACUGAUGAAGAUAAUGGCAUCCAUGGACCCCAAGCUGAAUCCUCUCACCGCUGGGCUAAACUUGACUCCUGGAUUGAAGGCUGACGCAUCAAAUAAAGAGAUCGAGGAGGCCAUGAAGAGGGUGAGAGAGGCGCAGUCUCUGAUCUCGGCUGCCAUUGAGCCUGGAAGUAAGAAGGACGAUAAACGGAAGCGCUCGAGAUCCAGAUCCAGACGCAGGAGGUCCCGUUCCCGUUCAAGACACAGGCGUUCUAAGAGUCAUUCCAGACGGAGGUCUCGCUCCAGGAGCCGUAGGAGGUCAAAGAGCCCCAGGAGGAGGAGGUCUCAUUCCAGGGAUCGCAGCAGACGCUCCAGGUCCAGGGAUCGAAGGAAGGAUGACAAGAUCAGGAAACGCUCAAAAACGCCACCGAAGAGCUACAGUAGUGCCAGACGGUCACGCAGUACCAGCCGUAAACGGCACCGGAGAAGUCGCAGCAUGUCUCGUUCUCCAAAGAAAUCCCGAUCACCCAAGAGAAAACUGUCCCGCUCGCCGUCUCCACGCAGACAUAAAAAAGAGAAAAAGAAGGAUAAAGAUCGCGAGCGAGACCGUGACAGGGACAGGAAAGAUGAUCGGGACAAAAAUCGAGACAAAAGAGAACGUUCCACCAGCAAGAAGAGCAAAGACAAAGAUAAGGAGCGAGACAGGAAGUCAGACAGCGACAAAGGAAAUCUGAAGGUGACCAGGGAUUACGAUGAGGAAGAGCAGGGCUACGACAGCGAGCACGAGGAAGAGCGAGAGAGGAACUCUGACACCGCCUCAUCACCGCAGGCCAAAGAGCCUCAAGCAGACAGCGCAGAUGAUGCGGGACGCGGAGAGUCGGACGGCAACAGCGAAGACCAGCGAGACGAAGACAUGGACAUGAGCGACUGAAAACAGCCCAAUCCCACUGAUCAGUGUUUCUCUUAUUGUUUGGAUGGAGGGACGCUUCUCCUACAUCAGUCUGACAACUCUUUCCUCUCUGAACAGAUUCAUUCCUUUUUGUUCUUUUAAACUCUGCAUCCUCAGAAUCUGCUGUGUUUAGCUACUGGUACAUGCUCGUGUUAAAUGUACUCCCAACAUUGUACAGCCGUGCCCUUUCGAUGCGGCUGAUGUGGAAAGGUGUUAUACUGUAUAAUGUACACAGUCAAUGUUCGACUUCACCUGAAAAAUACAACCAUUUGGGAUGUCAGUUUCUAUCUGAAGCAAUUACCCUCUAAUUAAAAGUGCUUGGAUAACAGGCAGUUUUUCUUUAUUUUUGUUUUUUAAGAAAUUGCAUUUUGUUUCUUUUUAGUGAGUUGGAAUACGUUUGUCUUUUUAAAGUUGCAUAUUGGAGGUGCACGUAAACUGGAUUACUCGCAGGUCAUGACAGUUAAUGAAAGUUCAGGUUUAUCUGCUGCAUUGUUUUUCUGUAGUGAACACACCAUCAUCAUAGACUGUAGUUUGUUAAGAAAAUGAUUUAUCUGUACUGUUUGCAGUUACAAAUUGAAAAUAAAACUUGAAA